GAUUUGACACUUGUGGAAAAUGAACCUAAAGCAAAAACUUAAGAAUUUGGUUUAUGGCGACAAAAUCACACCAUUGCCGACUGGAACUGCACUUGUUUUAUUUAUCACACUGCUUCUUGGAUCAAUGAUUGUAACAAUGGUCUUUUCGUUUCUACCUGAAUUAGUCAAGUCAUUUGGUGUAUCUGACGUGGGGACAGGUUAUUAUGCCGGCUUAAUUGGCUCAGCUUUAUUCGCCGGUCGUGCAUUCUCAAGCCUAUUCUGGGGUUAUUUGGCCGAUGUAAAAGGCAAAAAAUUUGCAACCAUCCUGUCUGCCACAGCAUUAUCAAUCACCACAUUGGCAUUUGGAUUUAGCACAAGAUUUACUUGGGCUUUAGUGACGCGAUUUCUACAAGGCAUUUUCAUGGGAGUAAAUGUGAUUACAAAGGCUAUGAUGGCAGACGUUUGUGAUGACACUAACCAUGUAAAUUGUUUUCCUGCAAAAUUACCUUUAACUCGAAGUAUGCGCAAAGUGACGGCGUACAUUUUAUUCAGGCACAACUUUCUUUCUAAAUGUUGA